AUGGAUACACAAACCAAAAAUCAGAAAUGUCAGUCUGAUAAAGCAUCUCCCUCAACAUAUGGAUUUGAUCUUCUGCCUCAAGAAAUUGUCCUUGACAUAGCUUCUAGGCUUCCCAUAAUAUCAUUACUUCAAUUCAUCAUUGUUCGCAAAUCAUUUUACAACUUGUCUCAUGAUCCAGAGCUAUUGAAUGAUCCUUGCAUUAUUAUUAACUCAGGUGCUCAGCUUCACUUUCUUGAAUUAUCUGAUCGCGGUAUUAUGGGAGAAGAAGAUGUUGUGAGGGAAAUUAGCACCCCUUUUGUAUGCUCUGUGAAAGAGUUUCAUAUAGUUGGUUCAUGUCAUGGAUUAUUAUGCAUACGUGAUAUUUUCUCUUCUGAUUUUCUCUAUGUUUUCAAUCCUUUUACAAGGGAUUACCUAAAGCUGCCUAUGUCAUUAGCAACUUACAUGCCACGAGUAGUUUUUGGGUUUGGUUUUCAUCCUGUUACCAAAGAGUACAAGUUGAUCAAGAUCAGGAGCCCUUAUCCCGAUCCAGGUUUGAAUUCAAAUGUUGAAGUACUAAUUCUUGGUAGCAAUAGAUGGAGAGGUGUUGCAGAAAUUCCUUAUGAGAUUCAUCAGAGUAGUCAAGGAAUUAUAUUUAACGGGAAGAUGCACUGGUUAGCUAGUUUAAGAGAUUAUAAUGGACCUCUUGUUAGACAUAUCGUUUCGUUUGAUUUGGCUGAUGAGGUAUUUGGUGAAGUACCACAGGUUUGA